AUGGGUAUUGAAUCAAGUUCCCACCAUGGGGAGUCUAUCACCCCGGCAGAGGGUGUUCUCCAGUCGAGUGCCGACACCUCCUACCAGAACAGCCCCGUUCAGAAGCCAAUGAAGCACGCCGGCGUCGAUACUCCAAUCCCGCGCAUCACCCUGCGCUCCCUCGUCAUGGCCCUUUUCGUCUCCAUGGGAGGUCUCCUUUUCGGUUACGAUACUGGUCAGAUUUCUGGUUUCCAGGAAAUGAGCAACUACUUGGAGCGUUACGGUGAACAGAACAGUUCAGGCGACUAUGCAUUCAGUACCGUUCGUUCGGGUCUCAUCGUCGGUCUGCUUUCUAUUGGUACCCUGAUUGGCGCCCUCGUUGGCGCUCCUCUCGCUGAUUAUCUCGGACGCAAGUGGUCUAUCACUGUCUGGUGUCUUAUCUUGAAUGUCGGUAUCAUCGUCCAGAUUUCUUCACCCGAUGGACACUGGUGGCAGAUGGUUAUUGGCCGUUGGGUCACCGGUCUUGGUGUUGGUGGCUGCUCUUUGCUCGUCCCUAUGUACCAGGGUGAAAGUGCCCCUCGUCAUAUCCGUGGUGCAAUGAUUAGUUGCUAUCAACUGUUUGUUACCCUUGGUAUCUUCCUUGCGUACUGCAUCAAUCUGGGAACCCACACCCUCGAUGGUACCGCCCAGUGGCGCAUCACCCUUGGCCUGACUUUCCUAUUUGCUCUCGUCCUUGGAGGUGGCAUGGCUUUCUUUCCCGAGAGCCCUCGUUUCGAAUUCCGUCACGGCAAGGCUGAGAGUGCCCAGCGUACCCUGGCCAAACUCUAUGGUAUCCCCGAGAACCACACCCGCAUUAUCGAGGAGAUGGAUGAGAUUCGCGAGCAGUUCGAAGCUGAGUCUGAAGGACAGAAGUGGAACGAGUUCCUGACUGCUCCUCGCAUGUUCUACCGUAUCGCCCUGGGUAUGGUCCUGCAGUCCUUGCAGCAGCUGACCGGUGCCAACUACUUCUUCUACUACGGAACCACCAUCUUCCAGGGUGCUGGUAUCUCUGACAGCUUCAUCACUCAAGUUAUUCUUGGUGCCGUCAACUUCGGAACUACCUUCGGUGGUUUGUACAUCGUUGAGAACUUCGGUCGACGCAAGUCUCUUAUCUUCGGUGCGUGCUGGAUGUUUGUUAUGUUCAUGAUCUUUUCCUCUCUUGGUCACUUCAUGCUGGACAUCGAAACCCCUGAGAACACCCCCAAUGUUGGCAAGGGCAUGAUCGUCGUUGCUUGUCUGUUUAUUGCUGCCUACGCCAUGACUUGGGGUCCUAUGAUUUGGGCCAUUGCCGCCGAGCUGUUCCCCUCCAAGUACCGUGCCAAGGGUAUGGCUCUGGCCACUGCCUCCAACUGGGCUUGGAAUUUCCUUAUCAGUUUCUUCACUACGUUCAUCACCGACUCGAUUGACUUUGCUUACGGCUAUGUCUUCGCUGGUUGCCUUUUCCUGGCUGUGCUGGUCGUUUACUUCUUCGUUAUCGAGGGUAAGGGCCGCACCCUGGAGGAACUUGACUGGAUGUACGUCAACAAGGUUACUCCCUGGAAGAGCAGCUCUUAUGAGCUUCCCCCUCGCCAGGAAUGGACCGGGGAUGAGACUCUCUAUAACCGCAAGGAGCAAGGAGGUCACCAGCACGCCGAGGUCGCAUAG